AUGGAGAGGAUGAGUUCAAUUCAGCAACUGAAGAAGAUAUAUGAAGCCCUACAACAUAACAACAAAGUAAAUCUUUUUGGGUCUCAAGGAGUUGGGAAAACAUGGAUGGCAAAGAGGGUAAGUGACCAUGGCAUUAGGUAUAAGUUAUUUGAUUGCACACUCUGGGUGUUUAUCUGCAGAAACUAUGACAGAAAAUCUCUAUCCGAAAGUAUUGCUCGCCAACUAUGCUUAUUUCCGAAUAAUGAAGAGUGGGAGGUUGAGGAUGACCUCAAAGAGCAAAGGAUUAGUGAUGAGGAGGAGAACUUAGAGUUUUUGAUCGAUGAGAUUAGGAAAAAACUGAAGAGGAGGAAAAUUCUUCUAAUUCUAGAUGAUAUUCCAGAUGACGAAGAGGAAUCAAAGGCAAAUGAAGAUAAGUUUUUGUUAGAAUGGGAAGAAAUGUUAUUUGGUCAUGCUGAUGAUAUAAAGCUACAAACAGUUAUAAUCUCUAGAUCAAGCAAGGAUAUUCAAGAUUUGUUCACGGUUAAGGUGGAAGGAUUGCCUAGAGCAGAUUCUAGCUCUUUAUUGAUAGAAAAAAUUGAUGUUCAAUUGAGACAGUCUCCAAGAAUCCGAUCUCUAGGUGAAAAUUUCAUCGAAAAAAGUAAUCAUUUUCCUGGUACAGUUUCAAUGAUAGCAAAAGUCUUGAACUACUUUGGUCUAAAUGCUUUCGGAGUAUCUAUGCUAGAAAAGGAGUUGAAAGAAGCUUCUGAAGAGUACAGUGUGAACAAGUUAUUGUGCAGGAUGCACGAUGUGUUGCCAAUAGGUGUUUUAAAAGAUUUAUGGUGGGAUGGUCACCAUUUCUUUCGUGAUUCUGGAAGUGUUCAUUACAAUGAGCUGAUAACUUACUGGAUCUUAGAAGGAUAUCUCGGUUUCAAUAGUAUGACAGAGUUGUACGAAAAGGGUCAUCAUGUUCUUAUGGAGCUUAUGGAUUGUGGCUUACUUAAAGAGCAAGAAAGUGGUUAUGUUUUCAUGGACAAAUCACUUUUAAACGUUGAUGAUCUGUACCAAUGUCUUGACCAAAUCCCUUAUCUUGGGUUGGCGACGGUUUUCAUGUCUGAUACGGAAGGUUUUGGGACAAUCACACAUAAUGAUGGAAUGCUAAAAACACCAUGGACAAGUAAGACCGGGAAGAAUCAAGGACGGAAACAAUUGAUAAAGGAAGUUGGUCAAAAUCUUUCGACCUUACUGUUAGAUGGAACCCAUUUUAGCGAAAAAGACCUCAUGGGCUUCCUUGAACCUGAAAAGGAACUUCAAGUUCUUGCUUUAUUCAAUCCCACCAUCAAUUCAUUGGUUCAGCCAUUGGCUAUGAUGGACACACUUCGUGUUCUUGUGCUUAGAGGAUGUGUGUUUUUGGAAGACAUCAAUCUACCUCUGAAAGCUCUGUGUGUUCUUGAAAUUUCUGGUGCUAGAUCUUUCAAUGAUAUGAAACCAGAAAUCUUCGAUAACAUGCCAAAACUCCAAAGCCUUAAUCUCUCUGAACUGCAAAUCACUUCUUUACCCAACUCUAUUUACGGUCUUGCUGAACUGAAGUGGCUAGUCAUUAAGGAUUGUCCUCACUUGAAAAGGGUCAGAAGUCUCGCAAAGCUUAAACAUCUUCUGGUUCUUGACCUCUCUGGUAACGUCUCUUUGGAUUAUGUCGAUAAAAAUUUCUUGGAAUUUAAGGAUCUUCAGAUCCUUAAUCUUUCUAAUACCAUGGUUUUAACCACACCAUUGCUCAUAAAUCUUAAAAAACUAACUCAUUUGCUAUUGCGUGAUUGUAAAAACCUCGGUAGAUUACGGAGCUUGACUUCAAUAGAAAGUCUCCGAACUCUUGAUCUCUCUGGUUCUACCAAUUUUGAAGAGUUUCAUGAUCCUAGUUUAACUAAUCUAAUUUCACUUCAAACCAUGGACCUAUCAGGAACUACCGUUGAUCGUUUACCUAUUAACAUAGCUUAUCCGCGUUAUCUCCAUCUUAAGAAUUGCCUUCGGUUACAACAACUUUCAUGCAUCAACCCCCUUGUACACCUUGAGGUACUUGAUCUUUCGGGUUCAAAGAAUCUCAUUGCCAUCGAGGAUGAUUUCUUUGACCGUAUGAAAUGUCUUCGUGUUCUUAAUCUUUCACAAACUAAUCUUAAAAUCUUGCCAUCCCUUUCCAAUCUUUCCAAUCUUCGUGAACUACUCCUAUCUCGCUGUGCAUCCUUGGUAGAGUUGCCAUCUCUAGAAUCUGCUACAAAAUUGGAGGUUCUUGAUGUCUCACAUUGUGGUUCUUUAGAAGAUAUAGCAAAUCCCUCUUUUGAAACAAUGAUUUCUCUUCAAAAGCUUGAUCUUUCGGAAACAAAGAUCAAGUACCUCCCUGCCCUUUCAAACCCUAGCAACCUCCGGCAGCUUGUACUGAAGAACUGCACCAUUUUGCAGAAUCUUGAAUUGAAUGUAUCUUUAUUGAAUCUUGAAGUGCUAAAUCUUGCUUGUAUUACCUCUUUGGCACCUAACGGAGUUGAACCCGUGAAAGAUAUGAUCAACCUUCAGUUUCUUGACCUUUCCGGCACCCCGAUUGGACAGCUACCACCCAUGUCGAACCUCAAGAACCUUGCCCAUCUUUCUCUUGCUGGUUGUAGACGCUUAGAAGCAGUGCCGAAUUUGGAUCACCUUAGUAAUCUUGAAGUUUUGGAUCUGUCGGGAUCAUCGAUCAAGCGUUUACCUAACUUUAGCAGUUUCAAAAACCUACGAAAGCUCCUGCUCAAAGAUUGUGUUAUGGUGGAAGAUUUUCCAGAUAUGGAGAUCAACAAUCUACUAGCACCCGGUCUGAAACUACCUCACGAGAUAUCUUCAUUAACUCAUCUUGACUACCUUGAGUUUCCAAACAUCUUGUCGAAAGAGAUGAAUCAAGAUCAGUGGAACAUUUGUCGGUUAUCUGAUGAUCACAAACCACCGCUGUUUAUUAGCGGCACCCAAUUUCUUCAUAUUCUGAAGAAAAGUCCAUCGCUACAAGGAACAUUCCAUCUAUGUGCGGUUCCAUUCAUGGCAGAAGGUGAAACUGCGAAUAACAAUCUUCGUAGACAUGAACUUGUCUUUGCAGAUGUUCACCUCCGAACUCAUGCGUUUAUGGAAAACAGGUCAUUGCAGAUACGUGGAUUCAACCAAUUCCCAAAGGGUAUCGAGAACAUUAUUGAUCACAUCAACUUGGUCUUUCUGAUCGACAAUAAGUUCAACAGUUCGUUUUCUGCUUUAAGCGUCUCCAUUCUCAAGGAUUUAAAGGAUUGUUGGAUCGAAAGAUGUGAUGAAAUGGUCACUAUUUUCGAUCAAAAUGAAACAAAAGACGAUCCCGUAUCAGGAAUUGGGCUACAGAAUCUGGGAGUUUCAAAUAAUCGUCGUUUAACGAGGAUAUGUAACGGGAAACAAUCGAUUGGGUGGUUCAACAAUCUGAAGACUUUGUAUUUAGACGGAUGUCCACAGCUUUCAACUGUGUUUUCGUCAUCAUGGCUGCCAAAGAACCUCAAAGUUCUUGAAAUCAAACACUGUGACAAGAUAGCGUCUCUAUCCGAAGCUGACAGUAAACUCGAACUUCCAUAUUUAGAAACUUUGCAUCUACGGGAACUACCAGAACUGAAAACCAUCGGCAUCUCAUUUCCGUCUUUACAAACCCUCAAAAUUUGCGAAUGUCCAAAAGUAAAACAAAUCGAGAACUUUGAAUUUGCGAAAGAUUUGAGGACGUUAUGGAUCUCGGGUGCAACUAGUUUGAAGAGCUUGUAUAGCGAAAAUGUUAACGGUUCAUGUUUUCCGUUAAGGAACAUUAAGAUCAUCAAGAUCAGGUCCUGUGAGAAGUUGCAGACUCUAUUUUCUCACAGCAUCUCGGUUGACAGCAAAUUACGGUGGUUAAACACACUGCAUCUAGAGGAUCUCCCGAUGCUGAAAAGCAUAGGCAUCAGUUUGCCACCGCUACAAGAGAAACGUAUUUUAGGAUGCCCGAAUUUGCAAUUUGAUGGGACGAUCGGUGAUCAAAACUAA